AUGACACUUGACAUAGCGUCCGUCCUGUCUCUGAUCCCUCGGCGCCCAGAGCAAUUUGACCUGCUCCAACAGACACUCCUAUACCUGGUGGUAAUCUUCUACCACACUCAAUACCACGCACCCAGCUAUCAUGUCUUUGCGGACCGCAUCCGCCGCGUCCACCUGGGCCCUGAUAGAUUCCUGCCCAGCCCCCUGGACGUGCUCUCCUGCCUGGUCUGGUCGGUCACCACUGGAGCCGUGCUCCGCCCAGUCGUCUGCGUCCUCACUUACCUGCUCCAGGACCCCGACUUCCAUCGGCUUUCGAUUUAUGCGCUGGACAGCUUCGUGUAUGCGCGUGCGUUCAUCUUCUUCUUCUGCUAUACGCCGUUUCUGCGAGAUGUGCGGGGCGAGACCAUCUAUGCGUUGGCAAUCCCCUUGUCGGCCGCAUUCAGUAUCCAUGAGAGCCGUGUGCCUGGGGCAUCGCUGGGCUUUUGGGUGUCACAGAGGUCUCAGAUCAUGAUAAAGCUUGAUGAACGAGCAAAGGUGUCCGCAUUGGAAAUUUAUUUGGUCAAGGGCCUGCGGAAGCUGGGAUACGCUGGAUUGCCCGAGCUGCGAAAGGUCACUCUCAAACGGGCUUUGAAAAAGCCGCUGGUAGAUGAUUAUAUCUUUACCAGCGAGGGGUCUAGCUGA